AUGGACAACCUAACGGUUAAAAAUGUUAUAAAACUAGUUAUCACGCAAAUUUGUACCCAAAUGGAUCUUAAUCAACCCGAUAACGAAGAUGUUAUCGAGCAUAUUUCAAGAGAUCUCUCUCCUGAGGAGCAAACUUCCUUCAUAAACCUAACUACAGAACUAAAUUCCCAUAAGAGACGGGAUGAUUACAAAAUAGAAAGUAUGAUUCUCGAUGGUUGCGAUUUUACUAUUGGCCUUACUGCCAAGAUAAAACAUUACAUCUCUGAACGAUCAAGAAGACGAAAUGACGAUAAUCCGGCGAAUGUAUUUACCGAUGGACACAAUUUUCCAUAA